AUGGUCGCCCUCUCUACAAUUCAGUCAUCCAACGCAUCCGCCCUCAAGACGCUCUUUCCGUACGGUCCCGUGGGGGUCUUUGUCGGCGCAACCAACGGAAUCGGAAAGGCAGCACUCUUAGCACUCGCCAAGUAUGCCACAAGACCACGAUUGUACUUCAUUGGCCGCUCACAGUCCGCUGCGGACGAGGUGCUGCGCCAGCUCAAGGAGAUCAAUCCCGACGGCCAAUAUGAGUUCGUCAAAGCGGAUGCAAGCCUACUCAGCAAUGUUGAUCGAAUCUGCCUGUCCAUUCAAGCCAAGGAGACCAAGAUUGAUAUCCUAUUUCAGAGCCAGGGCACGUUGGACUUUGCGUCAGAGACCACAGAGAAACUCCCUCUGAUCAUGGCCCUUGGCUAUUACUCCAAAAUGCGCUUCAUCGCCAAUCUUCUUCCCUUGCUUCAACGCUCGUCCAACCCGCGCGUCGUCGUUGUCUUGGCUGGCACCAAAGAAGGUCCCGUGAACCCCAAGGACAUCCCUGGGAAGAAAGUCAAGAUUUGGCAAGCACGGGGGCAUCUUUGCUCCAUGAUGACACUCACCUUGGAGCGAUUCGCCCAGUCUGCCCCGGAUGUGAGUUUUGUGCACAGUUAUCCCGGCUUCGUUCGAACCUCGCUCGACCAGUCCAUUAGGGGCGUCACCGGGGUGAUUGUGAGAUCGAUCACCACGAUCACAAACAUGUUCGUGUCUAGACAUUGGAUUCCGCUGGAUGAGACGGGGUAG